UUAACUCUUCCCUCUAACCGCCAAUUUGACAAAUAAAACAGAAAACGAAAAAAAAGGCGCAUACAUCAAAUCACUCAAACACAUACUUCUUCGUCUUCGUCUUCGUCUUCGCCAAUUUGAAUCCCUAAAAUCUUUUGCGUAGAUUUUCUUCAAAUUUCCACCAUGAGUGACAACUUCACAGAAGCUUAUUAUGGAGACCUUCAACUCAUCAAUGAACAUAGGGCGAAAGGAAUCUCGAGAACAAUAGAUUCGACCGGGCGUACAAUUCUACACAUUGCCGCUUCCAAGGGUCGAACUGUAAUCUGCAGAUACCUACUUGUUACUCUCAAUUUUGAUGUUAAUAGCAAAGAUUUUAAUGGUUACACCCCUCUGCAUCAUGCGGUUUUGGGAGGGUAUUUCAUGUCUUCUAUUUUUCUACUGGAUCAGGGUGCAAAUCCUAAUAUGACAUGCAAUGCGGGAUUAACUCCAUUGCAUUAUGCUGCUAAAACAGGAAGAAAAGAUCUGGUGAAUUUGUUAAUAACAGAAGGUGCUGCAGUUGAUGCUCUAUCGUUUACUAAAGGCACGCCAUUGCUACUUGCCGCUGCAUAUAGCAUGAAAGAUGCUGUUAAGAUUUUGCUUGAGCAUAAUGCUAAUCCAAAUUAUGCUAGUCAUCCCGUAUUGAACCCGUUGAUGGUUGCCAUCCAAACGAAAUCCGUUGAUUGCGUAAGGCUACUGCUGAAGCAUGGUGCUGACCCGAAUCUUGGUUAUUAUGGAGAAAAACCUUUGAUUUUUGCUGUACUAAAAGGCCGUAUAGAUAUUAUCAAAUGCUUGCUUACAGCUGGAGCUUAUACUAAUGCUACUAAUUUUUGUGAUCUUACACCAAUUGAAAUUGCGGCUGUGGAAGGUAAUCUUGAAGUUUUAAACAUCCUCUUUGAUUAUACUUCUCGCAUUCCUCAUAUUCCGAUUUGGAGCUGUCAUGGAAUAUACGAGUAUAUCAACUCUCAGGAAGCAAAAAAUCAGCGGGAACUCAAAGCUGAAAUAAAAUUCUCAGAUGCAAAUAUAAAUGCAACACAAUCCAUCAGAUCAAAUGAUUACAUGACUGCAGUUUACUGGUAUACAGAGGCUAUAAGGAUGAAGGCAACAGAUGCAACAGUGUUCUGCAACAGGAGCCUUUGCUUUUCCUGCUUGAACGAGGGCGAUCCUGCACUCUUUGAUGCACAGUUGUGUAUUAACCUGAGUCCAGAUUGGUUUAUGGGAUAUUACCGUGCAGGAAUAGCCUAUAUGAUGCUGAAGGACUUUAAAAAUGCAGCAGAAGCAUUUUUGAGCGCCUUGAAUCGUCAUCCUCCCAAUCAGGAGCUCCAAGAUGCUUACAGUGAGGCGUUGUCGUACUCACAAGCACCACCGAACUGAUGAUUUCAGCCAGCUCUCUACUGAUUAGUGUUGAUUGCAAUAAUGUAGUUUUGGUGACUGGAAUAGAAGAAAAGUGAUGUAUAUUUUGGAAUUAGAUUAGAAAACAACAUUUUGUCAUGGUGAUUGAUGUAGAAAAUGUAUAUCUUAGAGUAGGAUACAAAUAUGUCUUAGGAAUUAGAAAAUAGUAUGGCUAGAGUAGUUGUGUGACAAUUAUCAUGUUUCCCAAACACGGAUUUUGGAAUUGAAUUCAUUUGUUGACAAGCA